AUGUGGCUUCUAUCUUGCGCUGCGUCAUCGGAUGCUUCAUCGUCUCAAAACCGUGUCUAUUUGAUUCCGAAUAAAAACUAUACCGUUGGACGAAAGCGCGAUGAAUGCGAAAUCUUUGUCGAUAACGAUAAGAGCAUUUCCCGAAAGCAUGCCGUAUUUUCUAUGGAGGAUGUAAAUGUAAAACAAGUUUUAAUACAAACACAAUCAGAUCCAAUCAUUAGACCAAUAUUAUCACUGACCGACUAUUCAAAAUAUGGAACGUUUGUCUUGAAAAAUGGUAAUUACGAAAAAAUUGGGGAAAACAACAAAAUAGAGAUUGUGGAUGACACAACAAUUCGUUUUGGAGUUUAUGAAUCAGUCUACACAGCUUCUUAUCAACUUGUUGUGUUUUGCGUUUCAAGAAUUGACCAAAAAGACAGAAAAAAGCUUGCGAACCAGUGUAAAACAAUUGAUGCCAAAUAUGCUACGAUAUGGUCGCCUCACUGUACUCACCUUAUUGUGAAUGAAUCAGAUUUUGCUAUUACUGAAAAGCUUGCUCUAGCUCUGCUGCUUUGCAUUCCUAUUGUCACAAUGUCAUUUGUAGACGAAUUAGAAAAAACCCUCACAACAGGCAAUUCCUCAAAUAUAAAGUUACCUGAUCCAGAUAGUUUUGCACCAUCGUCUGAGAAGAGUGGAUGGAAGGAUAUUGGUUUGCAAUUUCCUCCAGACUUAAAACAAGAUCCAAAACGGAAAAAUAUACUGAAUGGAAAACAUUUUUUGGUAUUCAAUGAUGCCAUGUUUCAAAAAAGCUCACUAGUUGUUGAAACCGGAGGAGGAAAAAUCUCUAAUGUUUCUAAUGAAGCCAUCGAUGACACGUUUGUGAAGACAUAUUGCAACUGUCAUAUUCUGGUGGACGAUCCUUCAUCACUAACUACUGACCAAUUAAGCAAAUUGCAAUACUAUGGAUUCCAAUUUUUCACAAAUACAAACAUUUUAGCUACAAUAUUGUCCAAGGAUAUUUCUCAUUUAGAAAUCACGAAAACACCAUCUAUUCCUAAACCAGUACAGAUUAAAACUGAACCAGAGAGUCUUAAGAGAAAAGAAAUAUCACUACCGACAGUAGUGGAUGAAGACGCCACAGAUGAUGAAUUGGCUCAACCCACAACAAUAGAGACUCCUCCAAAGAAAGUUAAACCUUCCUCAGAUGAUACAAAUACCAAAAAGAGAAAAGGAAUUGAAAUACCUCUUUCCUUAGAAGCUCUAGAAUCGGAAGCAAAAUCGUCAGUUGUUGACGAAGAAAACCCCAAGAAGGUUUCACCAAAAGCAGAGGCCAAGCAGGAAAAGAAAGUUUCUGUCAAACAAGAGAGAUCUCACGAUGAGGUCGAUGAUGAUGCUCCUAAAAUUAUUGUUGAAUAUAUCAACCUUAUCAAGGUAAAGGAUGAAAAACCAGCAUCACAAAACUCAUAUACAGGAUUUAAUGCAAAAAGAUUUAAGAAAGCAAAAGUACUCAAAACCUCAACAUCCAUCAUUCCCUCAAACUUCUCCUCUCCCCCUCCUUUGGCACAAGAGUCCAUGAAUUUCAAUGAUGAAGUAACCUCUCCCAAGUCUGCGAAGGCCCAAGAUUUCACUGCAUCAACCCCAAAGCAGAAAAAGGAAGAAAUGAUUAACACAACACCUCCAAGCUCAAGCAAGAAAGAGACACUGACGAGCGUCAUGAAUGCCAUUGGAAUUGAUGAAGAGUCAGAUGAUUCGGACGAUGAAGCAAUUACCCUCUUGAAAGCAUCAAAGAAAAAAAGAUAA